GUAUAAAACCAGCUCUCCUGCGCUGUCACUGUUCACAGGGUUGGUGAAUUUAAGUGGGAUUUUUGUGAGUUUAUUUCUGCGGGCUGGAAAAUCUGAGUGGAUAUUUGCGCUCGGCAGAGUGUUGGAUUGUUGUUUCCAUUUUUGUUGUUAAGGAAAACAGAGAAAUGAAGGCUAUCAGUCCGGUCCGCGCCGUCAGAGGCUGUUACGAGGCGGUUUGCUGCGUUUCCGAGCAGAGCCUGUCCAUCAGCCGCAGCCGGAGCCCGGCGGAGCUGUCCGACAUGAACGACUGCUACUCCAGGCUGAAGGAGCUGGUGCCCAGCAUCCCGCAGGACCGGUCGGUCAGUCAGGUGGAGAUCCUCCAGCAUGUGAUCGACUAUAUCUUCGACCUACAGAUCGCGCUGGAGGACGAGGCGGACCGGGUCCAGAACUCGGCGGACGUGCUGAGAGCGCUGCAGAGCUCAGAAAUCUCAUUCCCCAAAGAAGAUGCAGCUCUCUGUCACUAAGCAACAAGGCUCGCGCGGUGCAGGACAGAAACUCCUACACUCAUGGACAAGAGAGGGAGGGAGUGAAGGGGUUGGACACACACACUCAUACACGAAGUGUCUCCAUUCAGACUGUGGGAAAAGAACCUGCACCCUGCUGAAACCAUUAAAACCACCCAGUCUUUGGUCACUGGACUCUUCGACACACCAAAGCUGAAGAAUUGUGACGUUUGGAGGGGAGUGCGCUCUUAGAUAUUUUUUUUAAUCAUUCCUUUAUGUGAUGCUACAAUCAGGCCCUGUGAAAUUUCUAGUUACAUUCCAAACAUUUGAACUAACUUCAUACUGGUCCUCCAUAUCUGCUCACUCACUUAAUUGUUUAUGCAAUCUUCAUGCUCUCUUAUUUUCUUUUACAAUUCUCACUUUUUACUCUUCCUCUCUUUCUCACGAUGUCCUCUCAUUCUCCACUUGGUUGCAGACCUUAUGCUUUUAAAGUGUGUACAUAUUCAUUUGAUUGUUUUUUGUGUGUUUGGGUUGGUGAAGGGGAUGUACGGAUUGUAGAGAUUAUUAUGUGAACUCUAUAAAUAUAGAGUGAAUUGUAAAGGUUUGUGGGGAUUCUACAUUUCUGCAGACUGUAUGUAUAUCUUCUGAGUUUUAUAAACUCUGAUUUUGCAUUUUUGUGUAUGUUCACUUUUUGCAUACUGAAAUAAAUCACUCAAAAUAAGAAA